GAGCUAAUGUUGAUAUCCUGUUUUCCGAUUAAAAUUUAUUCGCGCCGUAAUUUUCUCCAAAUUUUUGGCGUGUAUGGUGUUUAUUUGAUUUUUUAUUGUCCCCUACCGAAACAUGACUGUUGAAGAACUUGGAAAAGAUGCAAAAACUAAUUUGCCAUGGGUUGAAAAGUAUCGUCCAAACAAACUUGACGACUUGAUAUCUCAUGAAGACAUUAUCAAUACCAUUGGGAGAUUCAUCAAAGAGGACCAGCUUCCACACCUGCUGUUCUACGGGCCACCAGGAACCGGGAAGACGAGCACUAUCCUGGCUUGUGCCAAGCAGCUGUACUCUCCCAAGCAGUUCAGUUCGAUGGUGCUGGAGUUGAAUGCAUCAGACGACAGAGGCAUUGGUAUAGUCAGAGGCCAAAUUCUCAGUUUUGCAAGUACCAAAACAAUUUUCAAGUCUGGUUUUAAACUGAUUAUUCUUGAUGAAGCAGAUGCAAUGACAAAUGAUGCACAGAAUGCUUUGAGAAGAAUAAUUGAGAAGUUCACUGAGAAUGUGAGGUUCUGCAUCAUCUGCAACUACUUGAGCAAGAUCAUCCCUGCGGUGCAGUCGCGGUGCACCAGGUUCCGCUUCGGGCCGCUGAGUCCCGAGCAGAUCAUGCCCAGGCUCGAGUUUGUCAUCGAACAAGAACACGUGUCGGCCACGGAGGGCGGCAAGAAGGCCCUGCUGACGCUGGCGGGCGGCGACAUGAGGAAGGUCAUCAACGUCCUCCAGAGCACCGCCAUGGCCUACAAGGAGGUGACCGAGGACAACGUGUACACCUGCGUGGGACACCCGCUGAAGAGUGACAUCGCCAACAUUGUCCAGUGGCUGCUCAGUGAUGCCUUCUCCUCCACUUACAACAAAAUAUUGGAUUUGAAGACCGCCAAAGGACUUGCUUUGCACGACAUUUUGACUGAGGUUCAUCUCUUUGUACAUCGGAUCGAGCUGCCGGCCGAGGCGAAGACCGGCCUCCUGGUGGCCAUGUCUGACAUCGAGCACCGCCUGUGCCGGGGGGCGGGGGAGAACGCCCAGCUCGCGGGGCUGAUCGCGGCCUUCCACAUGGUGCGGGAGCUGGUCCCCGCGGAGGCCUCCGCCCCCUGAGUCCACUGCCUUGCUCCGCCGCGCAGGUUAUCACCGCUGCGUUACCUCCCACAAGCGUCAACUGCAGAGAUAUUUUUUUUACCAGUGUUUGUAAUUGAGGUAAUCAGUAAUAUUAACUCUUGUUGAGUUGAGACUUUUAGAUAGCCGAUUGUUGUGGUGUAACAAACAGAAAAACAUGAAGUCAUGUAGCAACAGCAUACAUAGACUUAUCAUGUGUUGCAAAUUAAUUUCUUAGUUUCAUAAGUCAAGGACUGAAUUUUUUCUUGCAGCACCUUAUCUUGAAAGGUUCACAAAAACUUUUUCUGAAAGUUUUUCAAUUUACGAAAUGUACCACUGUACUACAUCAUUUAAAAAAAAAUUUAAUUUUCAGUUUAUUUGUAAGAAAAUGUACUUCACGGCAACAAUUACUUUUUCAUGCUUGGAAUCAGUGGGUUAUAAGUGUAGUAUAACACCAAGAAUAACAAAUUGCCAAUGCUGGAGAAAUGUUGUAAUGUCAUGAUUUGCAGAAUGUGAGUUUCCAAUGAACAGUUUACAUGUAUACAUCAUUAAACUGCUUUGUUUUAGGAGCUUGGUUAUAAAUGUUUAAAAAUUGGUUCCUCGUGAGACCUUUGCAUCAAAGAGUUCUCUGUGACCAGAAGCACGUUUUUGCAUAGAGAGCCAGUUCUUUCCAAAGGUUUCUAAAUUUUUACUCUGUUUUAUUUUAAUAAUUUUUACAGUAAACUAUUAAUUUUGUACAGUAAACAUCAUUCCUUAUUUUUCUUCCCCUCAGAAAUCAUCUAGUAAUGAUUGUAAAUGUGAUUCUACCAAUGACACAGCAUAUAACCAAAGGAAUUAAGUUUUGUCUUGCACAACAAUCUUCAAUUGGCUUUAUAGGUUUACUCGGUUUCAGGAUGUAGACAUAAAUGAUAAACUUUUAUUGUUUAGUAAAAUAUUGUGGAAACUUUAUCUAAUGAUGUUAUGGGGAAGAAAAAAAUUCUUAUGUUUUAUUACCAGAUACUUGAAAGAUGCUGUCAUUUAUUAUUUUCAAAUUAAAAUGUCAGGUUAACCAAUUAGUUUCACAACAACUCUAUUGGGCUCCCAAAAUGGCAAUCUACUUAACUUAAAUGCACACCUAAUACACUACACACAAAUCGGCUUCUUUUAAAGUUGUGGCUAUAAAUACAGCAAAUUUAUAUGUACAUUUGUACAUUAACUAUUUUCUUAAAAUAAUCAGCAGUUUUUUCAAACACACAUGGGUAUACAGUUAUUCAACAUAAAAUGUUAAUAUUUGAAUUUGAAGAUGAAUUUUGGCAAACUUGAUUUAAAUGAGCAAGGAUACCAACCUGACUGUGUGACAUUUAUUGAUUUGCACGUUCGUUGACCAUCGUGGUUCGUGAUAUUGCCUGUCCCUGUGGUGCAGCCAAGUUACAUAUGAAAUAACUUAUAAAUAUAGGUAAGCCCCACCCUAUCAGUCCAGUUGAUUUGUGUAUUAUUAUAUGAAUUCAACUGGCAACUCAAUGUUUGUUAGCAAAUUGUACCAUCAAUUUUUUUUUAAGUAAAAUUUGCAUUAGUAUUUUGAUAUUUUAAUCGAAACAGCAAUGAGAAAAUUGUACAGAAAUUAAAUAUUUGUUAAUUGGAGUUAUUUGUAUUUAAAAUAUUCAAUUUUCAAACAUCCAGACUGUCAUUAUGUGUAUACCGUAUUUACUUGCAUAUAGGUCGCGGCAAUUUUACCCAAUUUGAUGGGGGGAAAAUGAAGUGCGAUCUAUAUGUGAAGAAAUCUUUUUUUAAAUUUUUGAGGAUUUUUUUUUUUUGCAAUACAGUAGAAUCCCGCCGAUGCGACCCCCCUCUGAUGCGUCCAUUCCGUUUAUACGACCAUUUUUUGAGAAACCGUGAAAAAUUUGAGCAGAGAAAGUUGAAAAUUUGAGUAAAAUCGGCUGAAAAAAACGGCUGUUACACUUUGUUGGGCGCUAUGUGUUCACGUUUAUCUUGGCGAGAGCUGUACUGUAAGCAGGCAGGCAUAAAAAAAAAGAUGGCUAAAAAUAGAUACCACCCCUCUAGACUGUCCACGCGGCAGUGUCUAGCCGAGCUCGGCGCGUCCACUAUCGCACGAAAAGCCGUCUCAGCUGUCAUGUUAUCUUACCCGCCCGCACGAAAAGCCACUGUGGUAGCUUCUGUGAGAGCAUAAGAAACUCGUCUGGCCAGGCUGGCGGUAGCGGCGGCUUGACGUCAUACGUGACGUGACGCUUACCUCUUCCAUCCCCUGCUAAUUCUUCAAGGCUCAUCCCUCCCAGAGCCACAAACCAUUGUAUAGUCCAUUCUCGGUAAAAUAAAUAUUUUUAUGGGCUUAUACGACUGUCCUUCGCCUUUAAUAAAUACUUUAUAAGUUUAAGUUUUUAUGAUACAAUUUGUUUAUUAGUCACACAGCAGUUUCUGCUGAAAAGUCACUAAUACCUCGAAUUUUAUUGAAUAGAAAAAUUUAGCAGGGCCGUAAAUAUAUUUAUUUUACUGCAUAGUUACUUUUCCAUCUGCAUUCGAACAUGAUUUUUUUUCUUUUUUUUUACGCUGUGAAGGGUCGUGGAAAAGAUAAUUGCUUGAGCUGUCAAAAUAAACAUCGCUGACGGCAAGGGCGGGAGUGUAUCCUGUCGGUCUGUCGCUGUGAUUAUCUACUCCAAAAACAUGUCACAGCAUUUCAGGAUACAAUUGUUCUUAUAUCUUUCGUUUAUAGCCGAAUGUUUUCUACCUGAUCCACACAAGUUCCUUCGCCACGUUUUGAACGAAAGUAACAACCAGCCGGCUAGCAUAGCCGAAGUCGUGUGACGUGAAUUCACUUAGCGUGAGUAUUUAUCGGAACCCAUAACGAAAACCGCUGUAGAUAUAAAAAAUCAUAACAGGCCUUUUUAUUCGUAAUUAAAUUUACUACAACUUUUAUUCUGUGCACUUUUUCAAUACAAAGAACUGUUUUCAAGUUAUAGUCUACAAUUAAGACAUUUUAAGAAGUCAGGAAUCUAACUUGACUUCAAUUUUUUAUAUUCGGUUAUUACGAGUACUUGUUUUACAACAAUUUAUCACGCCAUUAUCAGCUCUCGUAGUAGCGGAGUUUUACAGUACCCGUUAACUCUUUCGUGCACGGUGCGCCGGCUGUUCGCGUCAUUAAAUUACCGGUGCAACCUAUAUGGGGGGAAUCUUAAAUACCAAAUUCAAGACUUCAAAUUAUGGGUGCGACCUAUAUGCGAUGGCGACCUAUGUGCGAGUAAAUACGGUAUUUAUGUAUUUUAAACAAGUAGCACUAAAAAUGAUUUUGCAAUAACAGAUGCUAAUUUUUCCAGCUCCUACUAAUGUGGGUGUAAUGGUGAUAGUCAGGGCCUACCCUGCUCUUAUUGUAAACUACCUUGUGAUAGCCCUCUGGGACAGUGCAGAGCUUGGGUUUUGUAUGCUUAUAAAUAGAAAUAAUGUUUUAUCAUUUUAUGCCACAACAUGUUCGUGUUAAAAAUUAACUAGUUUCUCACAGUACAUUGGUUCUGUCAAAAAAUGUUAUGUCAGAUCUCCUUUUUAAGUCAUUGUAGUAGGAUAAAAAUAAAAAAAACAUUAUAUAUA